GUCACGUGAUCGAUUCCCAGGCGGUUGUGUCGCUCGCCAUGUUUUGGGUGAUACAGGGAAAGGGAAGACAAUUUAACAAACAGGUGCUUGGCCCCUUGGUGAGAGAAAGCUUGGACAUUUCCAGCAAGGCCAUGUAAGUCUUGCAGAGUUGCUGCGUGCUUACGAGGGCAGAGAAUAUUUCAGAUGUCGUCUGGAGGAAGUUCUUCAGUCCGAUUCGAUCGGAUCCGGGGCCCUCGAUAUGAUGAAGUUUCAGUGGACCCCCCUGUUCCAGUGGACUCAAGAAGGUCUUUGGAUGAGCUGAGGGGCAGCGAUUUGGCCCGGAGCGCUGACCCCCUUCCUCCGCCUGCGCUACCCAUUCACCCCCCAGUCGGCCCUGAAUUUUACCACAGUGAGAACGACGAGCCGGUCGAAGCCAUAGAACUGAAACCUGUGAGGCGGUUCAUCCCGGACUCUGUGAAGAACUUCUUCCGGGGCAGCCGCAGCGAGCCGCAGCUCGACAUGUCUGCCGCAGACUCGGACAGCCCCGCCAGCCGUGGGAAAGAGUGCUCCCCUCCAGCCUCCCCCUCCCUUGACACCCGCAAGAUGAAGACCUCGGCCGCCAGCUCCUACCGGGAUCCCUACGGGGCCUCAGGGAGCAGCUACAACUCCCGCCUGCCCAUGCUCCCGCAUGACCCCUACGAUUCCCUGGACAGGAGGACACACCACACGGCUAUGACCUACAGCGAGAGGGUGGAGGAAUACCACAUGAAAUACUCGUACAUGAAGUCCUGGCCUGGCCUGCUGCGAAUCCUGGCUGUCUUUGAGUUGCUGCUCGGCGCGGCUGUCUUUGCCUGCGUCUGCGCCUACAUUCACAAGGACAACGAGUGGUUCAACAUGUUCGGGUACCGGCAGCCUUACGAUUACGGGGGGAGCAGCGCGUAUGGGGGGUACUACUACAGUGGGCCCAAAACUCCCUUUGUCUUGGUGGUGGCCGGGCUGGCCUGGCUGGUGACAGUGAUCCUUCUGGUUCUUGGCAUGACCAUGUACUACCGCACCAUUCUCCUGGACUCCCACUGGUGGCCCCUGACGGAGUUCGGCCUGAACAUUGCCCUCUUCAUUUUGUACCUGGCCGCCGCGAUCGUCUAUGUGAACGACACGAAUCGAGGAGGGCUCUGCUCCUACCCGCUGUUUAACAACGGCAUCAAUGGAGCCUUCUGCCGAGUGGAAGGGGGGCAGACGGCAGGGAUGAUCUUUCUGUUUGUCACCGUGUUGAUGUACCUCAUCAGUGCUAUCGUCUGCCUGAAGCUGUGGAGACAUGAGACUGCAAGGAGGUACAAGCAGCAUAGGGAACAUGAGAUGAAAACAUCAGAACCAGCUGGACCUAAAUUGACGCAGGGAGCUGUGGUAGGAGACGGCAGGACAGGAGCACCUGCAGUAAUUCGCAAGGAGUUCAGACCAGUGGACAUGAAACCAGGGGUUUUAAGCGGGCACAUUCCUGCAGGACACAUUCCUAACCCUGUAGUCGUGCCAGACUAUGUUGUUAAGUACCCUAACAUCAAGACUGAUGACGAGCGAGACCGCUACAAAGCCGUGUUCAAUGACCAGCACUCGGAAUAUAAAGAGCUUCAUGCUGAAGUCCAGGCAGUCCUGAAGAAGUUCACUGAAAUGGAUUCAGUGAUGAAGAAACUGCCACGUUUCCCAGAAAACCAGAUGGAGCAUGACCGGAUAUGUAAAAUUUUUGGGGAAUAUGAGAAGAAAAAGAAUGACCCUGCAUUCUUGGAGAAAAAGGAACGCUGUGAAUACCUGAAGAGUAAGCUCUCCCACAUCAAGCAGAAGAUCCAGGAGUACGACAAAGUGAUGGGCUGGAACGAUGGCUACAGUACAUAACUUGAACUUGAGGGGGGAGCCCAUCAUUUGAUUAUUUAGUCUGAGAAUGUGGUGUCACUGCAAUUUUAUACAAAGGUGUUCGCUCACUAUUUUCUUUUUUACUUGUGUAAUUUCUAUUAAGUACUUUUGCUGUAAACCCAUGUGCAGGACAUUCAUGCAGAAAACCAAAACAUGUUUUAAAUUGUCUCCAAAGCUCAUUGAGGGUUAAAAAAAAAAAAAAAGUACUGGGCUGGUUUCACAGAUACUGAUUAGCCUUCAGCUUGCACCCCUCAAUGAUGCCCGACGUACAGUUGUGCUGGAUUACGUCUAAUUGGGAUUUGUAAAACCAGAAGAAUAUGUUAUGCACAGUGUUGUCUUCAGGAAAAACCAUGUAAGAUUUGUGUUGAUUUAAGGAAAAUAUUAAAUGUUCUGUGUCCAGCAUUUCACAUAGAUUUUAUUUUAUUUUUUGGUCUAAGCCUGGUAAAAUGUCUUUAUAGGAAAUUAAUGAAAAAGCCCUUAACUGUGGAAAAAUACAUGGAUCCUUUUAUACGUUCCUGAUAAGGUGACUUUGUCCAAAAACAAUGUGAAGAAUUCUGAAUGUAUGCUUUCACUGAUCGUCUUUUAUCCAUUCCUAGGAGGUAAAAUGACGUUAUUACAAUGCAUUGAGUGUGGAGUUCUUGUAAACCUGUGAUACUCAACCAAGAGAAACCUUUUUGAGAAUGAAAAUGUAACAGGUAUCUGGCCUUCUGUUCUCCUGGAAAAUGUUAAUAAGUACUACUAAUUUCUUAAUUUCUUUCUUAUAUAUACACACACACACACACACACCUGAACAGUAUGUGUUUAUGUAGUAGAACAAAUGCAAUUGCUUUGUAGAAAUGCGUGAUGAUUUUUCCUUUGUCUGUUAAAUCUAUGUUGUGUUUCUAGUUUAUUGUGUUUGUUUCUUUAUGUGAUUAAAAACUGAGUGUGUUGUGUCCUUGUGUAAAGCAUGUGUUUUCACCAGUCACUGGAAUAGUGCAUGAGGCCUUAAACUGGUAGUUACAGCACUGUAAUGAAGUCGUUUGUAAUCGAAUAACAGCUGUUUACGAUGUGCAGUUAUUUCUAAUAAAAUACCUGUCUUUUUAU